AGCUCAUUUUAUAUUUUUAUAAUAGUAAUUAAAAGUAUUUGCAAGAAUCACAUUUAGAAUACUUUAUCGUUAGUAAUUUAURGUAAUUUGGAAAUACUGUAUUUUAUGGAACUUUUUUUUUACUGUUCUCAUUGUUUCAAAAUUAAUUUGAAACAAUUUAUGUUUACUACUGAAGGAAGUACGGCAUGCAGGGAAAACAAAUUUAUAAAUUAAAAAAAUAUGGUUAUCGCAUAUUCCAUUACAUUCUUAAUUUUGAUUACAGUUUCUUAUUCAGCUAAAAAAUUCAGCAUUUUGACAAUUUUAUGACGUUAGCUUAUAAAUAUGCCCUAUUAACUUAUUACUUUUCCCAUUCUUGUGUACUGGCUAUUUUGCUUUAAAUAUGCACAAGUACCCUCCAACCUGUUUUGAAUGAAUAUUAUGAAUCUCACAAAUGUAUAUAAACUAGUGUUUCAUAUACCUUCAGUCACCUUAGUAGUCAUUUGAUUACUUUAAGAUGUUAAAAAUAAAAAAAAUUUGAGAUACAGGUUUGAAAACCUCUUAGUGACAUUUGUAGUUCAUAUUAUAACAAGUUAAGCAAUUCCUUACAUCAAUAAAUUAAAUAUCAAUAACUGUGAAUAUCCUUAUUUCUAAAUACGUAUAUAUUAUAAAGAUAUUAUAAGAUACUGAAUGGAAUGCCACUUUAGCAUAAGUAUCAGGUAGAAUUAACAUGUCAUGUAACAACUUCACUUUUACAUAGAUGUUUAGAGAACAGCUGUUCACAUUUUAAAAACAAGUAAUGUUGGGUUUGAUUGUGUGUUACAAGGGUCUGCCAUACAGUGAGAACAACUAUUUCCGUAAACGUCACUGCAUGGCGGGAAAUCUGUCGAAGGCAGGGAAGCAGGCUUUUAAAAACARGCUAACUGCUCGCUACCCACUAACAGAGUAAACAACCGGUUUCAUGUGAUUAUGUCCACUUCGUCCGUCUCAAAGGGCUGCUUUGUUUUCAAGCCCAGUCCCAAGAAGAAGAAAAAGGCUCUCGGUUUAGAGAGAUAUUUUMUUCAUGGCUGUGAAGGUGCUGAGAACAGUCAGCUGAGAUUCAAGCUCUGUCAGGAUCUGUGGCAUGAAAUCAAAACUGACACAGAGGUUCUGCAGGAUGAACUCAACAGAAAAGUCUUGGACAGCUUACUGGAGUUCACCAAGAAGUGCUCGUCCACUCGUCAACACGACGACUGGGCCUCAAAGAUUAGGGCCAGCGAAAUCCCCACAGCUGCUCUCGUGCUGGGUGUGAACGUCCCAGAUCACGACAUGACCUUCCAGAGCCUGUCUGACCUCCUCCGACAGUCCGUCACUCCUUUUGUUGCUUCUGUUCAGGCCAAAGAGUGUGGAGCGCUGAAGCACUUGAUGAAGAAGGUCCUGGAGAGAUUGAUGGGUACCGACGUGGCUGUUGAUGAUGAUGAAGAGGAYGAGGACAGUGAGCAGAAUCCUCUCUGCCAGAGCGUGCACUGCUCUCUGACUAAUCUCUGCGAUUGGUAUAUUUCAAAAACUAAGAAAUCCAGCAGUGGCACUCCUGGGAAAAAGCGCAGCUCGUCAGUGAUGAAUGAGCAGCAGCAACAGCCUCCUGUUGUGGUCAUUUUUAAAGAUUUGGAAGCUUUCACUCCGAGAGUUCUUCAGGAUUUCAUACUUGUCUGCAGCCGAUACAUUCAGCGCCUUCCCCUGAUGUUCAUAUUUGGCAUUGCCACGUCUCCCAGCACCAUCCAGCACAUGCUGCUUCACUCYGUGUCCUCGCUGCUGUGCAUCGAGCUCUUCCAGUCUCUGUCCUGCACCCAGCACCUCACCACCGUMAUGAACAAGCUGAUCCUGACGCCGUCUUUUCCCUUCAAACUCAGCGGGAAAGUGAUGCAGGUGCUGARGAGUAUCUUCCUCUAUCACGACUUCUCUGUCAAGAAUUUCAUCAAGGGCCUGCAGCUGGCCCUGCUGGAGCACUUCCACUCGCAGCCUCUCAGCGUGCUGUGCUGCAGGAAGGAGGAGGCUUUACUGAACGUGACGCAGCUCAGUCACAGAGACCUGGAGAGGGUCCGGCAGCUGCCGUCCUUUAAGAGGUAUGUAGAAAAGCAAGAAACACAUGAGCAGGACAAACUCAUGAUGGACAACAAUCAUUUAAAGGAUGUGUGUCAGAAACUGAUAAAGGACCUUCAUAAAUACCACAAGACCUAUUGUCCCGUCCUGAGGUGUCUCCACACCCUGACCUCGUCGUUACCUCGAUAUCCUCUUGGGAAACAGAUCAGGGAGCUGCAUUUGAUUUGUCUGGAGAAGAAUGUGUGGGAGACUGAGGAUUACCAAUCUGCCAUGAAGCUGUUAAAAAUGUUGGCUAAAGAUGAGCUGAUUCUGCUGCUUCAGAGAUGUGCAGAGAUUCUGCAAAGCGUCAAGUCAAAGAAGAUGAAGAACGCUCUCGUCCAGCUGGAAGAACUGCUCUCCAGGCUGAAGCAACUUGAUGCUGCUGCGGAAGUCGCGCAUCGAGUGGAGGAAAAUCGUAGUCCUCCCGUGAAAAACCUCCAGAAGAAAACCGAUCUGUUCCAGCUGCAGAAGACGCUGCUGGAGAUGAACGAGUCUCGCAGAUCCAAGAAAAGGAGCCCGUUUGAGACUCUGAGGAACGAAGUCCUGGAGUUUAUCGACAGUUUAGUGAAGAGUCAUCUGUCARCGCCCGAGUCUAAGCCUCUGUUUGAAGUCUGCUACUACAGCUCAUCUGCCGCUGUGAGGCGCCACCUCAACGCCAUGCCGCGCACCUCCAUUCAGGCUGCGCUCAGCAGCCCCUACCAUUACCUGCAGAAUGACAGGUUGAAGACGGAGGAUGGAACGGUGUCGAACGCUGCUCCAGAUAUCUGCGUUGCUUACAAGCUCCACCUGGAGUGUGGCAGGCUCAUCAACCUGUGUGACUGGCUGGAAGCUUUCGCCACGGUGGUCUCUGCUGCUGAGGGGAACGAUCCAGACUCAGAGGGCUUCGGGAAAGUAGAUGAAGUCACACACGCUCGUUUCAUUCGCGCAGUAUCCGAGCUCGAGUUUCUAGGCUUCAUCAAGUCGACGAAGCAGAAGACCGACCACGUGGCUCGACUCACCUGGGGUGGCUGUUAAAACAAACACACUGUUCUUAUUGUUGUCCAUGUUCUAUUGGACUUUUUUCCCUCUAAAACAAGCAUUUGUCUGUAAAUAACAUUUUUUUUCCUUCUGUAACAGUAAAGUAAAACAAUA